UCAUAUCUUAUAAAAAUACAUGAUAAUAAUCUCCCCUCCUUUCUAUAGAAAUCUCCAACCCGGACUAAAAAAAAUUCCUCAAGAACUAUUCCUCACUUUCUCAGCACCCAAACACCACCACUAAUGGCGCAAACAAUCAGCCUCCGCAAAGGCAACACCCGUCUCCCACCUGAGGUCAACCGCGUCCUCUACGUCCGUAAUCUUCCGUUCAACAUAUCAAGCGAAGAGAUGUACGAUAUAUUCGGCAAAUACGGAGCGAUUCGUCAAAUCCGAAUCGGAACCAACAAGGACACGAGAGGCACUGCUUAUGUGGUUUAUGAAGAUAUCUACGAUGCCAAAACGGCGGUGGAUCACUUGUCAGGGUUUAAUGUGGCGAAUAGGUAUUUGAUUGUGCUGUACUAUCAGCAAGCGAAGAUGAGUAAGAAGUUUGAUCAGAAGAAGAAAGAAGAAGAGAUUGUUAAGAUGCAGGAAAAAUAUGGCGUUACUACCAAAGAUUAGUAGAUUUUUUUCGUUUAUUAGUUUAGUUUAAGAAAUGAUAACUCCUUUUGUUUUUUGGAAUUGCUAGGUUUGUUAUGGAUGUUAUUGAUUAAUGACAGUGCUUUAAUUUUGCAAUCUA